CUGCCCCUGGCAUUGUUGAGAAGACCAACGUGGCAGGCAGGUGAGGGUCGUGGGAGGGCGAGCGAAGGUGCAGCCGCCCAGGUGUCGCGUUUCCUUCCCACGACCGGGAAGAAGCAUCGUCGUCACCGCCCAUCGGAGCGCAUCGUGGUAAUUGGCCACCUCGUCCCUUGCUGCAACUCAGCCGAUGCUCCCAAACAGCCUCUUCUCUCGACAUCCCCACGGUACAUCCAUCCGUCAGCCCUGGUAGGCUUAUUGCUUCAGUUAUAGCAUCCGCUUAGCCACCCACCCCACUACCCAGAGAUUCACGGAGUUGCCCCGCAUCUCCGGGCGCGUUCUUUUUCCUCGUGCUCAAUCGCCCAGCAACACCCAUCAACAAACGCGUCAACAAUCGAUCCAUCUUGCUCGCCAGCCGUUUUGGGGAGCGCUAGACGUGCCGACUAGCUCUAUACGCGCAGGCCCCACGUUGAACAUGGAGGACCAACUAGUCCAGCUGCUGUCAGCGACCCAAACCGCCCAGGAGGACACCCGCAAACACGCUGAGCAGCAGCUCCUCUCCCUCUACGGCCACCAGGAGCUCCCGCUAGGCCUCAUUGGCAUCGCCUGCCAUGAGAGCGUACCUCUCAACAUCCGACAGGCUGCCCUGCUGUACAUAAAGAACAUCGUGCUGGCAGGAUGGAGCUCCAGUAUCGACGAAUGGAAAGGGCAGGCGCUGGUCACAGACGAGAACAAGGCCAUAUUACGGCAACAGUUGCUCACUCUCGCCACAUCGGACCAGCUUGACCGCAAGCUCAAGGCCGCCGCAGGCCUCGUCGUCAGCAAGAUCGCAAGCGCCGACUACCCCAUUGAAUGGCCAGAUCUUCUCGACAAUCUUCUCGCACUGAUACCGAAUGCGACAGAAGGCCAGCUUCAUGGCGCUCUCAGAGUCCUCGGCGAGCUGGUUGAAGACUCGUUCAACGAACAGACCUUCUUUGCCGUAGCGCCUCAGAUGAUCAAGGUCCUGUACGAUGUGGCCACCAACGACCAGAGGAAGCCGACAAUGAGGGCCUUGGCUUGCAAAGUCUUCCACGGCUGCUUCGAUAUACUAGAGUUGGUGCUGGAGGAUCACAAGGCCAUGGUCAAGAGCUUUGCCGACGAGAUACUCAAGGAGUGGAUUCCCUUUUUCGUCAACGUCCUGAACACUAGGCUCCCUGACCCGCCGUCGCAAGAAGAAGAAGACCAGGAUACACCGAAUGCCUCACUUUACAAGGGACAGAUCGCUCUCAAGCUACAGUGUGUCAAGGUCCUUAUGCGCAUACGGUCCCUCUUUCCUGCCAUCAUAUCGCCACAAAGUAUCGUCCUAUUCCAGGCCACCUGGCAAGAGCUUUCGUUGCUUGAACCGGCAUACUCUCUCAUGUACAUUCAAGAAGAUCGUCAAAGCAGGCUAGAAGAUGGCGAUGGUCUGCCGUAUACUCUGGACUUCCUAAUCCUUGAAGAGCUGGACUUUAUGCAGGCGUGCCUCCGCGCACCUCCGGUCCGCGCACAACUCGAACAGGAACUCCAGAACCAGGCGCCCGAAAACUCAUGGGUCACCCAGGUUAUGAAGCUGGCUGUGGCGUACGCGCAAAUUACUACUGAAGAGGAGGGACUCUGGGAUGUGGAUGUAAACAUCUUCUUGAGUGAGGAGACGAGUGUGACGGCGAAUUACACACCCCGAACGGCCUGUGGUGAUCUCGUUAUCAAGCUUGGCGAAUGGCUCACAGAACCUACCGUCAACGGCUUAUUGACUUACACAAGAGCGCUAUAUUCUGAGUCCAAGGGUUGGAAAGCUGAAGAGGCUGCGCUCUAUGUGCUGAACCAGCUGUUGAGUGACUUCCAAGACGUAGAGAAGCAGAUCAGUCCAGAUACUGCGAGCGGCUACGUCGACUUUAUCCGAUAUGCCAUGCAGCAGCCCGACGCUUUCCUUCGAGCACGCGGUUACCUAGUCGCCGGGAGUCUGACAAGAACAUCAGGAGAUGCUCUGCAACAGCUUGGCACCUCAUUCCUUGAGGCAUCUCUGCAGGCCAUUCCAUCUGACGAGUCCGACGUUGUCCAAGUGUCGUGCAUCCGAGCUCUGCAAUACUAUCUCCAGGCGCUCCCACACGCGACCACACAGCCAAUACAGAACACCAUCAUCAUGGCUAUCAGUAAUUACCUUGCCGCGCAAGACAUGUCAGAGCUCAGCGACAGUGAGGAUCUCAUGGUUACUCUGGUCGAAACACUGCGAGAUGCUAUACUCAUUGAUACACGGAUAUGCAUUACAGACAACGGUCUCGAUACGCUUUUCCGGGUCGCCAGUCAUCAAGCUAACAACUUCCAACUCACCAUGCUAGUCACCGAGGCAUUCGAAGAGGUGACUGAGACUAUUGCGCGAAUGGGUGGUGAUGCAUACGUCCAACUUUGCGCAAGGGUCCUUCCAUCACUUAUGGGCGCUUUCGACGUCGGAAGUUUGACGGAGGAGAACGCCUUGUGCAACUUUGCUGCCGACCUCCUUGCCGUGCUUGCCGAGCAUGGACCAGAGCCACUUCCUGCUGGAUUCGUUGCGACGACCAUGCCAAAACUUACACGAGUGCUUCUGGGCUCCACCGAUGAGGAGUUGCUGAAGUCCGCCACGACUGCAGUAAAGAACAUCAUCUCGCACGACCACCAACAACUCUUCGAAUGGCGGGACGACACUGGAAAGGCUGGCCUCGAGGUCACUCUCAUUAUUGUUUCGCGUCUGUUGUCUUCGUGCAGUGAUCACGCUGCUGGCGAGGUUGGUGCACUUGCCGCCGAAGUAGUGGAGAAGGCUGGCCAUGAAAGACUUGGUCCUUAUCUGGAGCAACUCCUGCGAAGUGUCGCAGUCCGUCUUGCACAGGCGGGACAAGCUCAAUUCAUUCAAAGUCUGACGCUUGUGUUCGCGCGUUUGAGCUUGAAUCACGCCUCGGAGGUGGUGGACUUCCUGGCCGGCCAGGAUAUCGAAGGUCAAAACGGCCUCCAGGUCGUCCUAGCGAAGUGGCUCGAGAAUUCGAUCAACUUCGCCGGCUACGAUGAAAUCCGACAAAAUGUUAUCGCCCUCUCGAAACUAUACGAUUUGAAGGACCCUCGUGUUGCACAGGUGCAAGUGCAGGGCGACUUGAUACCAAACAAUGACGGCCGCAUCAUGACCAGAAGUCGUGCGAAAAAUAAUCCUGACAAAUAUACCAUAGUUCCUGCCCCUCUCAAGAUUCUCAAAGUUCUCGUCGUCGAACUUCAGUCCGCCUCUGGCGCACCCCUCGACGCACAAGCUGCUGCUGAGCUCGCCGAAGAAGAUUCCGGUGAUGAUGACUGGGAGGAUGAGGUGAAUCCGUUCGUCGAUCUUGGCAGUGGCUUUAGCAGAGAGCAAUUGAUGGCGUUUGCCGCUGAGGAGCCGGGCGGUGGUCGUCAGCGCGACGAUGAGACUCAAGGCUUCCUAGUCGACUUCUUCAAGCGCGCGGCGACCACGCAGGGCUUUGCUGAAGAGUUCGGUCAGCUCACGGAGGAAGAGCAGCAACGGCUAAGAGAUAGCGCUGCAUAGUAAGUGUUGACGUAUACGCGGUCUAUACAACGGGCUGGGAAUCUCUCUAGACUGUAUGAAUAUGCGGUGGCAUUCAAAGGUGUGAUCCUCCUUGUCUCCGUCUGCAUUUUGCAUGAGAUGCUUCACCACUAGGAUUAAUAGAUAUGACGUUGGAUGAAGGAUCACAAUCAAUAGAUGAUAGGAAAAGUCGCUUUUAGGAAAGACUAGCUACACUUAAGUUUAGCAAAUACCAUGAACACAUACAUAUGAAGAA